CGGCUGUUUUUUUGCUCUCUCUUUUUUAAGCCCAAGGCUGGUAACCAAAGGAAGUUAGGUUUCGUGCCUCAGGAAUCAAUUAGAGAACGGAAGAGCAGCUGCUGCACCUGCUUGCAAGCUUCCUGAAGAGGAAGGCCGACCCGUUUCUGUGCAAGAGUUAAAAAAAAAAAAAACCCCAACCAACAACCCGCACAAGCCGCCAGAAAACCUGCUGCGUUACUUACGAUAGAGGAACAACAUUUUCCAGCAAUGGGAUGCGGCAGAAGGCUGCAGAGGUAGCUGGUGCAGACUCGAGGGGUCUAGGGCUGAUUUCUAACUUGGAUUCUUGACUGCAUUCCAGCUUGUGUUAGAAGCAGUAAUGGCAGCAGAAUGCAUCAAGAACUGUUGCAGUGCAUGUUUGUAUGUUGAGAAAGAAAAGCAUGAUGCUUCUCUGGAGAAGGAGUCUGAAGUUACAGCCAAAUAUAGAUCAAAUGUUGUAGAGAAGCCUCCCUUGUCUUCUGUGUUGGUGAAACCUCAGGUUGGCUGUUCGGAGGAUUAUCUUCUCUCCAAGCUCCCACCAGGUGGCAAGGAUGUGCCCUUUGUGGUUCCUCAGUUCAAGCUUGCCUACAUUCAGCCCAGGAACCUUGGCAAUCCACACAUUGGAGGAAUUCAAGGUUCUGCUAUAGCACAUUUUGGCGACCGGAAAGCAGAUGUUUCCAACACAUACCAGCAAAGACCUCUUGUUGAUGUGGUGUAUAAUCCAUUCUACAUGUACCAGCAGCCUUCUCGCUCUCCAGAUUCGACUCAGUACUGCCCAGAAAAAUCUAACAAAAGAAAGCUAUACGGGUCAGUUUGUGACUUAAGGAGCUCCACAUUGCCAGCCUCGUCUUCUCUAAGUCACUCUAUGUUUGACCUUACAAGUCCACCCCACCGAUUUAUGCAGAGAUACGAUUCAGUCUCCAGUGUUCCAAGCAGCACUUCAUCCAGGAAGGACUCGCAUGGUAGUAACAGGAGUCUAGAUACCAUUACGUUAUCAGGUGAUGAGCGAGAAUUUGGCAGGCUUAAUGUGAAGGUGUGCUACGUUCCUCACGUUGAACAAAUCUGGAUCACAAUCUUGAAAUGCAAAGAUCUGAGCUGGUCAUCUAGCCUUGGAGAAAACCCGCACAUUUCCAUCAAAGGAACUAUUACACUGCCCAAGCCAGUGCAAUUCAGAUGCUCACCAAAGGAAGCUUCCAGUGAAAUUGAAUUCAUGGAAACAUUUGUGUUUGCCAUCAAACUGCAACUUCUGCAGACUGCGAGGCUUGUCUUCAAAGUACAAGCUCAGAUUCCUAGGAAGAAAACUAUCGGGGAAUGUGUUUUGCCUCUACGAGAGCUCAGCUCACAAGAAACGGACAACUGGCUGGCAGUAGCACCUCCUUCCAAAGCUUCAGUGUCCCCUGCAGAAAUGAAAAUAGGCACCUGUUUUCAAGCAGUAAACAGUAGGAUCCAGUUGCAAAUUUUUGAAGCCCAGAACCUCCCAAGCUCCACCACACCACUGUCUUCAAAUUAUUUUGUAAAGGCUGCCAUGCUUAGCACUGAAGGGCUGGUUGAUAAGAAAAAGACCCGGCUACUGAAAUCCACAAAUGGUCGAGUGAAGUGGGGAGAAACUAUGAUUUUUCCAGUGAGCAACAAUGAACAUGGGAUAAACUUUCUCGUCAGACUAUACAGCAGGAGCUCAGUGAGAAGAAAACACCUUCUGGGACAGGUCUGGCUGAGCAGUGACAGCAACAGUCCUGAAGCUUCCGCUCAGUGGAGAGACACGAUUGCCAAUCCAGAGAAGGUUGUCGUUAAGUGGCAUAACGUCAAUCCAGCAUGACGCUGGUGUGGGCAGUACUUUGGGAAUUCAUUGGGACUUGAGCCAAGAGGCUUCUGCACUUACUUAAAAUAAACAAUCAUCCACUAAGACAGAAGGAAAAUAAAUACCUGCGUUGACUGGUGUGUAAGGUCACCUCUGGAGAGGAAAGCAAGAGAAGGCGCUGUAGUGCUGAAAAAAAGACACAAAGUGAAGAAUCUUCACAAUAUCCAUGGAAUACAGAGGUCAUCUUGCGAAGUUAAGGGCCCAACUACUGAUCCUUUUGAUAAGGAUUAAAAGAACUUUCGUAUAUUUAUGUUUAUGUUAGCUUUUCUUCUAACUUAAAGAUCUAACUCCAAAAUGACUUUGAAGACAUUUUCCUUUGCUCCAUUGAAAACCCUGCCUCAGUUACUGUUUUCUUUCUAAAACUGUUAUGAGGGCACCGCUUAAUAAUUAUUGCAGACAUCUCUCAGCAGUCACCCCUUCGUGUUGAGCAAGAGAUCUAAGACAGGCAGCAGGGGGCAGAUUAGUAUUUUACUGUUCAGAAUCUUGGAAUAAACUUUUUAAAGUAAUUUUGAAGAAUGCUUGCUUGUCAUGAGCAUUGGGCUUUAACGUGAGGGAGGGCUGGGCAUUUCAAGACAACUCUUGCUGCAUGCAGAGAGGCUUUCAGUGCUUCUUCAAAGUGCCAGGUUAUAGUACUUGCUCCUAUUUGGGGGCCUAAGACUUAACUCACUGUUGUGAGCCAAGAGAUGGAGUAACAGCAAAUGAAAGUCUUUGCUCCUGUGAAGAAUGAAAGUAUUCUAACCUAGGAGGAAGAUUGUGCAUUUAAUAAAUGCUGGCUUGUGGCGCUG